AUGGAUCUCAAGGACAUUCCCGAAGAUAUGCAGGCCAUUCAGGUCGUGGAGUUUGACAAACCAUACAAGAUCAAUACCGUCCCUGUACCUAAGGACCUUGCUCCUGAGGAUAUCCUGGUCAAGAUUGGUGUCGCCUCAAAUUGUCACACGGACAGCAUGGUUCAGCAUGGCACGUUUGGCACCAAACUUCCCGUAACAGCUUCACACGAAGGUGCGGGUACUGUAGUCGCAGUAGGCUCCUCUGUCUCAAACCUCAAGGUUGGCGAUCGUGUCAUGUGCGGUCUUCCUUACCAUCCUUGUGGUCACUGCCAGGAUUGUAAUGGCCCAGAGACAUGGCGGCAAUACUGCACAAACAUUGUCGGACACUCUGGUGUGCAUAGAGACGGCUUCUUUGCCGAGUAUGCCCUCGUGGAUUCCAGGAACUCGACUCCAAUUCCUGACGAAGUGACUCUCGAGAGUGCAGCACCACUGGCGUGCGCAGGAAGAACGAUCUGGCGAGGAGUCAUUGAGGCUGGCUUGAAGAGUGGUGAAUGGAUAGCUCUUGUCGGCAGUGGUGGAGGUCUCGGCCACCUUGGAAUUCAGUUUGCAAAGGCACUCGGUCUCAAUGUGGUUGGAAUUGAUGCUAGAGACGAAGGACUGUCUAUGUCCAAAGAGAACGGGGCAGACGUGGUCGUUGAUGCACGUAAAGGUAAAGACAGUGUGGUUGCAGAAGUACAAAAGGUCACUGGCGGAGCUGGAGUGGACGCAUCAAUCACGCUUAGUGAUGCCGACGAUGCUGCCGGACUGGCUUGCGCCCUGACGAAGAUGCAUGGUACAAUGGUGCAGAUCGCACAACCGGACAAUGUCACCAUUCCUUUUGCAGAAUUCGUCUUCCGCGACAUCAGGAUUAAGGGCUCUUUGCUCUGCUCACCUGAGCAAAGCGUAAGCAUGCUCAAGUUUGUUGCAGAGCACGGGAUCAAGGUGAAGACCAACCCAUUCUACGGUCUAGAGAAGAUUGAGGAUCUGGUCGAGUUGGUCCAUGGAGGAAAGAUCCAAGGCAAAGCGAUCAUUGUGGUUGACGAGGAACAGAUCAAGAAAGAGAAGGAGUUGGGUGCCAAGUUCUGA